AUGAAAGACAUUUUUGGUGCCCAAGAUGUUUGGGACAUUGUUGAAAAAGGUUACGUAGUCCCGGCUGAAGAUACACAACUGUCUCAGGCAGAAAAAGACAGUUUGCAUAAAAGUCGCAAGAGUGACCAGAAGGCACUCAGUCUAAUCCUUCAAGGAUUGGAUAAUGUAAUGUUUAAGAAGGUGGCAGAAGCUACCACCUCCAAGCAAGCUUGGGACAUACUACGAAUUUCUCUUCAAGGAGAGGAGAAAUAUGGAGAAAAAAUUGAUGAAUCGAGAAUCAUCGAAAAAAUUCUACGAUCACUACUAUCAAAGUUUGACUACAUAGUGGUGGCUAUGGAAGAAUUGCGAGAUAUAAGUGCAAUGACCAUUGACGAAGUUGUUGGUUCAUUGCAAGCACGUGAGGAGAGGCUAAACAGACAAAAAAAAGUGUCUGUAGAACAAGUCUUUGCGGCAAAGACUUCGUUCAAAGAAAAUGAAAAUUGUCAAGAUGUGAGUCAAUCCGGAAGAGGACGUGGUAGAGGUCGUGGAGGAAGCAAAAGAGGAAGAGGACGUGGCAGAAGUCAACAAUUUGGAAGAGGUGACAACAGUGAUGGAAAUACCCAGUUCACAAGAGGCAGAGGUCGUGGACGAGGAAGAGGAAAUUGGAGGCAAAAUGAUAGACGUGACAAGUCAAAUGUUCAAUGUUACAAUUGCUCCAAAUUUGGCCACUACACAUUAGAAUGUUGGAGUCCGCCUAAGCAAGUAGAGGAAACAGCUAACAACAUUCAAGAUGAGGAUGUAACCGGCACGGUAUUACUAACCUGUGAAGGUGAACAAAGUCCAGGAAAUAACAUAUGGUAUCUUGACAAUGGUGCAAGACCUAUAGGAGUAGGCCUUAGAAGCCCUGAAAGAGUGGAAGGAGAAAUCAACUCUCUUUGUAACACCCACUGGCCAAUCCCGGAGAACCAGACGGUGGAUGCCACAAUCGGUGCUGGAGCACCGUUUUAUGUCACUUAUUAA